UCUCCCGUAUGACUUCGGCCAUUUCAGCUCCACCGGCAUAACCCCCACCGGUCCCAGCUCCUGAACGGGAAGGUAUCUGAUAACAUUUGAAGAUGAGCGAACAAGCCAUUUCUUUCGCCAAGGACUUCUUGGCCGGUGGCAUCGCCGCUGCCAUCUCCAAAACAGCUGUGGCCCCCAUCGAGAGAGUGAAGCUGCUCCUCCAGGUACAACAUGCCAGCAAACAGAUCACAGCCGACAAGCAGUACAAGGGCAUCGUGGACUGCAUUGUUCGUAUCCCCAAGGAGCAGGGAUUCCUUUCAUUCUGGAGAGGAAAUCUGGCAAACGUCAUCAGAUACUUCCCCACACAGGCUCUCAACUUUGCAUUCAAGGACAAGUACAAGAAGAUUUUCCUCGACGGCGUGGACAAGCACAAACAGUUCUGGAGGUACUUCGCCGGGAACUUGGCCUCCGGUGGUGCUGCUGGAGCCACGUCGCUGUGCUUCGUCUACCCCCUCGACUUCGCCAGAACACGUCUGGCUGCUGAUGUCGGCAAAGCUGGGCAGGAGCGUGAAUUCAAAGGCCUGGGAGACUGCUUGGUGAAGAUCUCAAAGUCUGAUGGCAUCAAGGGUCUCUACCAGGGCUUCAGCGUUUCAGUACAGGGCAUCAUUAUCUACAGAGCUGCUUACUUUGGCAUCUAUGACACAGCCAAGGGCAUGCUUCCAGAUCCCAAGAACACACACAUUGUUGUCAGCUGGAUGAUUGCUCAGUCUGUGACUGCAGUUGCUGGUCUUGUGUCUUACCCCUUUGAUACCGUCCGUCGUCGUAUGAUGAUGCAGUCUGGACGCAAAGGAGCUGACAUCAUGUACAGUGGCACCCUCGACUGCUGGAGGAAGAUCGCACGUGAUGAGGGCAGCAAAGCUUUCUUCAAGGGAGCUUGGUCCAAUGUUCUCAGAGGCAUGGGUGGUGCUUUCGUGCUGGUCCUGUACGAUGAGCUUAAGAAAGUCAUCUAAAUUGAUCUUUUUUGUAUGUCCGCUGUUCAUAUUGUGAAGUUAAACUGUAACAUAUCUUGUACAUUUGGAAGGACUUAAAUGGCGCAAUAUUUAUAGGGACCAACUAGUAUACUGCUACUAGUUGUACUGGGGGAAUCUGUUAUGCACUCUUCUCUUGGCCCAUGUUUUUUGUUUUUGUUUUGCCCCUCACCAGAAUGUCAUUCCCUGAACACAGGAACCUUGCCGGAAAAGCAAAUAAAGGCAACCUACUGAGUGAU